UGUCCUCCCUCCUUCCCUCCCUCCUUCUCUCCCACUCUCAGAUGGGGCUGCGGCCCCGUUGACUCCUACCCGCAGCCAGAGCGCGGACUCCCCCCCGACCCUCCCUUUGGCCAACGCGAGCCUUUGGCCUUUUUUAAUCCCACCGCCCUCCCCCAAACCCAUCAACACCCCCACCCCAGGAAAAAAGAAAACGUUUUAUUCCCAAACCGGGUGAGGAAAUUGGCUUAUAUAUAUUAUAUAUAUACACGUAAUUUUUAAUUGUUUUAUUAUUCUCCCUCCCGGCGGGUGGAAGUUGGACCCGGGUUAUAUCCUCCUCGCCCCCCCUCCCCAGCCCCGUUGCCCCCCCCCGGGCCCCGCAGAGCCGCGAGGAAGGAGAAAGGGAGGAAAAAAAAACGCCCGGACUGCUCCAGCCUCCGAAAUGACUCAGUAACUUUUACGCCUCGAGUCUCAGCCCUGCAAUUAGCCACUUGCCCAGCGCGGCUCGGGAUGUAUUCGUCUCCUCUCUGCCUGACCCAGGAUGAGUUCCACCCCUUCAUUGAGGCGCUGCUCCCCCAUGUCCGGGCCUUCGCCUACACAUGGUUCAACCUGCAGGCCCGCAAGCGCAAGUACUUCAAGAAGCAUGAGAAGAGGAUGACGAAGGACGAGGAGAGGGCAGUGAAGGAUGAGCUGCUGAGUGAGAAGCCAGAGGUGAAGCAGAAAUGGGCCUCGCGCCUCCUGGCCAAGCUGCGCAAGGACAUCCGGCCCGAGUGCCGCGAGGAUUUUGUGCUCUCCAUCACCGGCAAGAAGCCCUCAUGCUGUGUCCUGUCCAACCCUGACCAGAAGGGGAAGAUGCGCCGCAUCGACUGCCUGCGGCAGGCAGACAAGGUGUGGCGGCUGGACCUGGUCAUGGUCAUCCUCUUCAAAGGGAUCCCACUGGAGAGCACCGACGGUGAGCGCCUGGUCAAGUCGGGCCAGUGCACCAACCCCAUCCUCUGCGUCCAGCCCCAUCACAUCAGUGUCUCCGUCAAGGAGCUGGACCUCUACCUGGCUUACUUCGUCCGUGAGAGAGACAGUAAUCAGAGCAGCAGCCCCCGGACGGGCAUUGGCUCGGACCAGGAGGAAAGCAAACCCCAUUCCACAGAUUCCACGGAUUAUCAGGAGAGCUUCGUACCCGGGGUGUUCAGUGUCACUGAGCUCAUCCAGGUGUCCCGAAUUCCCUAAUCCAUCUUCUCCCUGCAGCACCGGUUGGUGACAGGCACGGGUCAAACUUCUUCUCUUGGGGAGCUCCAGGCGCACCUGGCCUAUGACCUGAACCCCUCCAGCACUGGCAUGAGGAGAACCUGCCAGCACCUCUUCCAGCGGGAGCAAAACGGCACAAGUCGGGGGUCCAUGGAGGACGACAUCGACACCAGCCCAGGGGGCGAGUACUACACUUCCUCCAACUCCCCCACCAGCAGCAGCCGCAACUGGACAGAAGACAUGGAAGGGGGCAUCUCCCCCACUGUGAAAAAGACAGAGAUGGACAAGUCCCCCUUCAACAGCCCAUCACCCCAGGACUCCUCGCCCCGUCUGAGCAGCUUCACGCAGCACCACCGUCCCGUCAUCGCAGUGCACAGCGGUAUCGCUCGAAGCCCGCACCCAUCAUCUGCACUGCAUUUCCCCACCUCCAUCCUCCCGCAAACGGCCUCCACCUUUCCCCACACGGCCAUUCGGUACCCGCCUCAUCUCAAACCGCAGGACCCACUGAAAGAUCUCGUCUCACUGGCCUGUGACCCGUCCAACCAGCAGCCCGGACCGUUAAAUGGAAGUGGUCAAGUGAAAGUGCCCAGCCACUUGCCCCCGCAGAUGCUGGCGCCGCCACCUCCCCGCAUGCCCCGCUUGGCCGUCUCUCCUGACACCAAAACCACUAAAACUACCGAGGGAGGGACGACCUCGCCGACAUCACCCACCUACUCUGCACCAGGCACGCCCCCUGCGAACCGUUCCUUCGUGGGAUUAUGACCAAGGGAUCCUGGGAGUAUCUAUCAGGCACAGUCCUGGUACCUGGGAUAA